UCUUCAAAGUAACAUUCCAAAUCUCUCUCUCAUUCACAAGUUGCGAAGAAUAUGGCGACCGAGGAUGUGAACGAAGAAGCCCUUGCGGCGGCGGAAGUAACGGAGAAGCAGCCUCAUAAGCUCGAAAGAAAAUGGUGUUUCUGGUUCGAUAACCAAUCUAAGCAAGAGCAAGGCGCUGCCUGGGGAGCUUCCCUUCGUAAAGCCUGUACCUUCGACACUGUCGAAGAUUUCUGGGGUUUGCACGAGACUAUAUUCAUCCCCAGCAAAUUGACGCCGAAUGCUGAAAUUCACAUGUUCAAAGCUGGUGUUGAGCCCAAGUGGGAAGAUCCAGAGUGUGCUAAUGGCGGAAAGUGGACUUAUGUUGUUGCCAACAGCAGGAAGCAAGCUUUAGACAAGGCUUGGCUUGAAACUUUGAUGGCUUUGAUUGGAGAGCAAUUCGAUGAGGCAGAUGAGAUUUGUGGUCUUGUUGCUAGUGUGCGCCAAAAGCAAGACAAGCUCUCAUUGUGGACAAGGACUAAAUCAAAUGAAGCUGUCCUGAUGAGUAUUGGAAAGAAGUGGAAGGCGCUACUUGACGUCACCGACAAGAUAACUUUCACUAACCAUGAUGAUUCUAGAAGAAGUCGGUUCACUGUCUGAAACGAAGACGCAAGAGGAAGAUGAAAGAUGCCUUUUUUCUUCCUUACUUUGUCGGUCUACUCAAAUAGCUGAGACCUUUAGGGCCACUUCGGUUUGAGGUGUAACUCUACAAAAAAAAAAUUUGUUUCACACAGAUUUUUAAUAUCAUGUCCAGCUAUAUAAAUUCACUUUUUGAAAGCAUCAUUUUUAAUAUCUUUUUACCAUA